AGUCCACUUGUCUCGUGACGACGCGACGAGAAUCGGGUCCGUGUCCGCGCACCUCACCGCCGGCAACGGCACGGGCGUAUAUAACCGGCUCCGCCCUGUGAAAAUUGCGGCACGCUGUUAUUGGCCACCGACCGACCGACCGACCGAGCGAACCAGCGCCAGUCAGGCAAGUGAGCGGCUCCUCAUCACGAGUCACUGGUCGGAGUCGGUCGCGGGCUCGUGCGCUGCGCACGCGCGGUGCGUGAGGUUGAUGGGCGCGGAGGGAUGAGGGAGAGCGCCCUGACCAUGAGGCGGCUGAGCGGGACGUCGAACGGCGGCAGUGGUGCCACCAGCGGCGUCAAUGCGGGAGGGAGCUCUGGCGCCGCCGCCGGCCACUGGGAAGGAGGCGGCGGCAAUGCGGCGGCACGGGUCCGGGGCGUGAACGCGGGGAUCAUGGACGAGAAGGUGCUGCAGCUGGUGUUCCGGGCGCUCAACUGGGACCCGCAGUCGCUAUGCGUGGUGGCGCGGGUGAGCCGGCGCCUGCGCGCCGUCGCGGAGCGGGUGCUGUGGCGGGAGCUCUGCGUCUCGCGGGCGCCGCGGAUGGUGGCGGCGCUGACGGGCGGGGCCGCGUCCUCGGCGCCGGCGGCCGGGCGCAUCGGCGGCGGGUGGCCGGCGCUGGCGAAGCUCCUCCUCUUCUGCUGCGGCGCCGCGGCCGUGCCGGGCCACUUCGCCCCGGUGUCCCGCUUCUCCAAGACGUCCGGGCGGAGCUUCCUGUCGCGGCGGUGCGCGGGGGACCUGCUGUACGUGUCGGACCCCUGCGAGCACGCCGUGCCUGGCGCCGCCGACGACGUCGGCGCCUACCGCGGCGUGUUCCGCGGGUUCAUGCGGUCCCGGACGCGGGCGUGGCUCGUGGGCCACCGCGCCGCGCUGGAGCCCCGGGUGCGCUGCCCCUACUGCGGCGCGCGCGUCUGGAGCAUGACCGCCGCGGGGCUCGCCCCGCGCAGCGCGUCGCGAAGGCUCGGCGCCUACGAGGACCGCCUCGAGUACUUCGUCUGCGUCAGCGGGCACCUCCACGGCACCUGCUGGCUCGCGCGCCUCUCCGACAGCGAGGGAGGCGCUGGACCCGAUGGCUCCGACGCCAGCGACGAGGACGGCGCCGACCUGUGACGCCGAUCGACGGGAGGGACGUGUACAGAGAGUUGUAGUUAGCAAUUUUUUUUCCACCUUGUUGUCUUUUGAUUCAUCGUGUAAAUGCAGUGGUUCUGCCGUUCUGCAUUUGCGGUGUUGGCUAUUGCAUUUCACAGCAGUUUGCCUGCUGCCAUCGUAUCGUAUCGUAUCCAGCCUUGCCGUUGCAGCCCACAGCGUGCUUUCGAGCCCUCGCUAGCGUGGUCUGGCUCGGUGUGUUUCACAUGGGCCACGGCCUAAAUCUUUGAACGGACAGUGCCGCAGUGGACUUGUUGUU